UUUUCUCCACUCUUGAUUGGUUCGGAUUGCAUACAUCACCACCGCUUCCCCUCUUGCUUUCUCUUCGGCCUCCGCCAUUGUGGUGUAAGGACUGUACACGAAAUGUCGUCCCACAAGACUUUCAGGAUCAAACGCUUUCUCGCCAAGAAGCAGAAGCAGAACAGGCCAAUUCCACAGUGGAUUAGAAUGAAGACUGGCAACAAGAUCAGGUACAACUCCAAGAGGAGACACUGGAGGAGGACCAAGUUGGGCUUGUAAAUGCACAGGUCUUCAGAUCUCCAGCAUCUUCCACCUGCUGGGCCCUGAUCUGGAGGGGAAGCCAUACUAUCUGGAACAGUGGUCUUUUUGUACAGAUACUGUGGUUAUGCUUGUGUUUGACAAUUAAAGAUUUGUGAUAAAUUAGAUUGUUGUGCCAUGUGAGUUUUCAAAACUCAAUAAAUCAGUGUUUCCCAAACUGUCCUGCAGACCCCAA